UCACACCGAAGAUUUGACUUACAUAUGGAAACGCAUAGAGAGAUCAUUCCCACGGAAUCAAGAGGAUAUACUUAUGGUCUCGAGAAUGGUGAAACUUUGGGCUAAUUUUGCUCGGACUGGGAAUCCUACACCUCGGACUGACCCGUUACUUCAAAAUAUAACAUGGCCUUCCGUGAAUUCGCGAAAAGAUAUGAAAUACUUGGACAUCGACUCUACUCUGACCAUAAAAUCAAAUUAUAGGGAGGAACAUAUGAAAUUCUGGGACUACAUAUACGAAAAACACGGUGGAAAAUCUUAUAUCACUUAUUAAAUGUAGAGCAUUCACCAACUUCGAGAGAACAGCCGAAGAGUAAAUAAAUCGGGGUACGAUUAAUAGAAAUAUCUUAAAAUAC